CCUAAUCGGGAAUCGAACCCAGGAGCUUCUUUUCACGAGCCUUCUCGCAUUCGAUCCACUUCCAUGGGACAGGAAUCAUUAUCACGAGGUGACUCCGAACGGCUGGGAGACCAUGGCGCUGUCCUCAGCCACUUUCGUGCUCCUCAUUGGCAGCAUUAUCCCGAUGACCCUGUGCGCAGUGUUUUUGGAAAAACAGGAUGCUGGACAAGUUCUGUCGCGUUUGCGUCGGGCUAACAGCGCUUUCGAGGAGUUGCGAGCAGCAAACCUGGAGAGAGAAUGCAACGAGGAACGAUGCAGCAUUGAGGAGGCAAUGGAAAUCUUUAAAAAUAAGGAACUCGCGAAUGAUUUCUGGAACACAUAUGUCGAUGGAAACCAGUGUGAUCCAAAUCAGUGCCUCAAUAAUGGUAUCUGCAAGGAUGGUGUCAAGAUGUACACGUGCAUUUGCCCAAAUGGCUUUGAAGGGAACAACUGUGAGCUGACAAAGAUCGGCUGUGUGUUUCGCAAUGGUGGCUGCAACCAUUUUUGUCUCGACCAAGAAAAUAAGGCGCCCGUGUGUACCUGUGUGAAAGGAUACCGAUUGCAGGAUGACGGGCACACAUGUGAACCAGUAGAGGCGUUUCCAUGUGGGCGGCUGCACCCGGAGGAAAUACGGGCGAAGAGAGAAGAAAAUCGUCGGGAUGAAUUUUCCACCAGCCACUCGGAUGAGAAUUUAAAAACACAGCCUCACAACACUUCCUCAAUCAAAGAACAGAGGGAAGAUGUCAAAAGCAUUGCCGGUGGAAUGGACUGUCCUCGUGGUGACUGCCCCUGGCAGGCCCUGGUAAAGUUGGAGAACAAUUUAUAUUGCGGAGGGACAAUCCUCAACUUGGAAUGGAUUUUGACUGCUGCUCACUGCGUUCCAUUGAAACCCUGGAAUGUUGUGGUUGGUGAGCACAACCUGCGUGUGACGGAGAGCUCCGAACAACACGUCCCAAUUAAGAAUAUCGUAGUUCACAGCCGCUAUGACCCAAUCACCUUUGACAAUGACCUUGCGCUUCUUCAAUUAGAGCGGCCCUUAAAUUUCUCGAGGCUGGUGCUUCCGGCCUGCUUGCCUGAGCGAGACUUUGCUGACAAGGUUCUGGUGGAAGAACAGUCACGGAUUAGUGGAUGGGGGAGCUUGCACCACCGUGGUAUCAAGGCAACGGUGUUGCAGAUAGCGGAGGUCCCCUUCGUCGAUACGCUGCGAUGCAAAGAGUCCAGCAGUAGCUUGGUGACGAAAAACAUGUUCUGUGCCGGUUAUUCCGACGGCACCAAGGACGCGUGCCAGCACGACAGUGGUGGACCACAUGUCACCAUCUUCAAGGAUACGUGGUUUGCAACAGGGAUCAUAAGCUGGGGCGAAGGUUGCGCCCGCAAAGGCAAAUAUGGCGUCUACACGCGUGUCUCCCGCUACCUUCUGUGGAUGCACCAAGUUAUGCAACGGGCUAGCAUCUACCAACUCGAGAUUCCCACUCGAGGCAUUCGAUUCACACGCAACCCUCUGGCUUAACACGUGAACAGAAGUGUUAUAUAAUCUCUGUAAUUUAAUGGAUUGCAAUUACCGUGAAUAAAAGCACGCAACCCCCUGACUUAAUACGUGAGCAGAAGUGUUAUAUAAUCUCUGUAAUUUAAUGGAAUGCA